AAUAUCAUGACGCAUAACACAGCAACUCUGGAGGUGGACGACAAGGAUUUGUCGUAUCCAGAAGACUUCCCUACUAGCAACGAGCAAAGCACACUACGUCGCGUUCCCGAUCGGAUCCCCUGGAUUGUUCUUCUGAUCCUCAUUGUCGAGCUGGGCGAACGAUUCACAUACUUUGGCCUGAGUGCACCAAUCCAGAAUUACAUCAAGUGCGUACAAUCGUUCCAUGAUAUAGUGCGUCGAAAACUGACACAUCCAGGNAACCCACACAACCCCGAAUCCGACCUCCCGGGAGCGCUAGGUAAAGGCCAAGCCGUAGCAACAGCAUUAGGUAACUUCUUCAAGUUCUGGGCCUAUGCUUCGACAGUGAUUGGAGCCAUCAUUGCAGACCAAUACCUUGGCCGAUUCAAGACCAUCGCAGCAGCAUGUGGUGUCUACAUCGUGGGUCUUGUCAUCUUAGUCACGACAUCUGCUCCAGCGGGCAUUCAAUCGGGUGCAGGGUUCGGAGGCCUGAUUGCUGCUAUGGUUGUCAUUGGCUUGGGCACUGGAAGCAUCAAGGCCAACGUCACUCCAAUGUGCGCUGAGCAGUACCGACCAGAGACUGCUUACACCAAGAAGCUCAAGUCAGGAGAAUGGGUUGUCGUUGAUCCAGAGCUGACUGUGGAGCGCAUGUUCAACUGGNUUCUACUGGGCCGUCAACGUGGGCGCGCUGUCGCCAUUGAUCACUGUGAACGUCGAAGCACAUGUGUCCUUCUGGGCUGCGUAUCUGAUUCCCUUGGUGUAAAUCCUUCAAGCUUCCCCUCUGCGGAGUCAAGUUCAGUCAUCGUGAUUGCUGCAACCGUAUUCAUCUUGAGUAACCGACUGUUCAUCAAGACUCCGCCUCAUGGGUCAGCCGUCAUCGAUGCUGUCCGCAUUAUGACCAUCGCAAUUAAAGAAGGAGGAUUCGACAAAGCAAAGCCAAGUGCUCUGCAGGCACAGGGGACCAUUGAACGUCAUGCCUUCGCUCAAUCGCCAAACGAUACGGACAAGUCUGUCAAGGAUGUACAGUCUGGAAUCACUGCCUGCAAGUUCUUCCUUUUUCUCCCUCUUUACUUUGUCUGCUGGAUUCAGAUUUGGAACAAUCUCAUCUCACAAGCUGGUGCCAUGGCGCUACACGGAACUCCAAAUGAUCUGCUGCAGAACCUCGAUCCGAUUGCCUUGAUCAUCUUCAUCCCUUUACUUGACUUCGUGAUUUACCCAUUGCUUCGCAAGUACAAGAUUAACUUCAGUCCUGUUCUGAAGAUGACAGCUGGCUUCAUGAUGGCUUCGUUCUCGAUGGUGUACGCAGCCGUGCUCCAGCACUACAUCUACAUCUCGCCUCCCAACAGUAUCCAUGUAUGGAUCCAAGCUCCGGCUUAUGUGUUAGUUGCUUUCUCCGAAGCUUUCGUGAUCAUCACUGGUCUGGAGUUGGCUUACACGAAGGCGCCCACGAGUCUGCGCUCUCUAGUUUCGGCCUUGUUCUGGCUCACAAUCGGUGUUGCAGCUGCUAUCUGUAUUGCUCUUGCACCCGUCUCUCAAGAUCCUUAUCUUGUCUGGAUGUAUGCUUCUCUUGGCAUAGUUGGCUUUGUUGCCGGAUGCGGGCUUUAUCUCUGCUUCCGAAACUCUUUUGACGACGUGCCAAUCAUCGCAGGCCAAGAGGCAGCGAACGUGGAGCUCGACGUGGCCGGUGUGGCCGAGCAUGGAGGCAAGCUUGCGGUCGAGGAAGAUAGAUGGCACAAGUGA